AUGGAUCGUAAUUUGUUGACGAUCAACUCAACUGAUGGCCAUCAGUACUUGCUCAACUUGAUGGUGACGACCAACAGCACUGUGAUCACUCUCGAGAGGAAUAUACCACUGAACGUCAACAUGUCCUUGUACUACGCGAGCGACGUCUACCCCAUCAAGAUAACAUUCACCGCGUGCCAGGCAGGCAAGUGCAACAACGGCACAUGCAACGUCGAUGGCCUGUGCGAGUGCUUCCCCGGCUACACCGGCACCACGUGCUCCAAGCAAUUGUGCUCAGGUAACCCGAUGUGCUCGGGCCACGGAACAUGCUCGGCACUGGCAAUGUGCGUGUGUGACGAGGGCUUCACCGGCUGGUCGUGCGCAUCCCCCUCCAACUACACUAUGCGCUCCGAGAUUGAGUUUGACAGCGUGCGACCCUGGUGCAACUACUCGAUAUACGGCAACCUCAAGAACGGCUCCAUCCUCGAGCACCCAGAGGAGGAGCUGAAGUUCAGCAUCAAGUUCUUCUCAGUGAUCGAGGUCGACUCGACUGGCCAAUACGUGCGCGACGAAGAGUUUGGCAACAUGACGACCGAGGGCAGUGCAACAGACUUCACCAUGUCGGGCACAAUGACCGAUGGCGCCAAGGUGCUGAUGACGAUGAACAUAUCCAGCUCGUACAACAUCGUCAAGUACAUGAAUGAGAGCGUGUCGAUGCACAACAACACGGUCAAGUAUGCCAUUCGUCUCAGCGAGUACAAGUUCAAGUCCAGCCUCAACUACCUGCUCAUCACAUUCAACGUCACCAGCGGUCUGGACGGCGACUGCUCGAUGUUCCUUAACAGGACGACCCGCUUCUACGGCAACAGCUACCAGAUGCCCAUGAUGGGCUACGGUCUAUAUGGCGCCUUCCCCAACAGAGGCAUGCUGGACGGCCGCCCCUUUGUGCUGACGAACCGCAUGCUCAACAACCAGCCAGGCGCAUUACUGAGCGGCAUGGUAGUGCCGUACUUCACCGACUAUGUCGACAUUGACCCAGACUUUAGUGUGCUGGUGCGUUCAUACUCAGCGUCGGCCAGUGAGGACGGAUCAAACAUCACGUGUCCUAUUCGCCAAACCGGCGACAGUGGACGGGCGACAUGGUUCCUGCCCGUGGUAGUGGUCGUGCCAGUUAUCUGUGGCGCCGUGAUCAUUGCCGCCGCCAUCAUCAUCUACAGGAAGAGCACUACUGCACACAUCUAUGUGAAGCAGGCCAAGACCAGAGUGACGCUCAACAGGAUGUCCACCAAGGUUACCCCAAGUGGCGGUGCUGUCUAA